AUGAAAAAAUGGCUAAUAUCUACUAAUCAUAAAGACAUUGGAACCCUUUACUUUAUCCUAGGUAUUUGGUCAGGAUUUAUAGGAACCAUAAGUAGUAUAAUUAUCCGAUCAGAAUUAACUCAACCAGGAUCUCUAAUUAAAAAUGAUCAAAUCUAUAAUGUUUUAAUUACAUCACAUGCUUUUAUUAUAAUUUUCUUUAUAGUAAUACCAAUUCUAAUUGGAGGUUUUGGUAAUUGAUUAGUACCCUUAAUAAUUGGUGCACCAGAUAUAGCCUUCCCACGAAUAAAUAAUAUAAGAUUCUGACUUUUACCCCCAUCUUUAAUUUUAUUAAUUUCAAGAUCACUCACUGGAACUGGUUCUGGAACAGGUUGAACCGUUUAUCCCCCCCUUUCUAGAGUAACAUCCCAUUCCGGGCCAUCUGUAGAUUUAACCAUUUUUUCUCUUCACAUCGCAGGGGUUAGAUCAAUUAUAGGUGCAAUUAAUUUUAUUUCAACAAUUUUAAACAUGCGAUCAAAAAAUAUUUCAAUAGAAAAAUUACCUCUAUUCUGUUGAUCUGUAUUAAUUACAGCUAUUUUACUCCUUCUAUCCCUUCCUGUUCUAGCUGGAGCAAUUACUAUACUAUUAACUGACCGAAAUCUAAAUACAUCAUUUUUUGACCCCACCGGGGGUGGAGACCCAAUCCUCUACCAGCAUUUAUUCUGAUUCUUUGGUCACCCAGAAGUUUACAUCCUUAUUCUUCCAGGAUUUGGAUUAAUUUCUCAUAUUAUUAUACAAGAAAGAGGAAAAAGGGAAACUUUCGGAUCUAUUGGAAUAAUUUAUGCAAUAAUUGCAAUUGGAAUUUUAGGUUUUAUUGUUUGAGCUCACCAUAUAUUUACUGUAGGUAUAGAUAUUGAUACCCGAGCCUAUUUUACGUCAGCUACUAUAAUUAUUGCAGUCCCCACCGGAAUCAAAAUUUUUAGAUGAAUCGCAACAAUUUACGGUUCCAAAAUGAACUUUUCCCCCCAAAUAAUUUGAUCAUUAGGAUUCAUUUUACUUUUUACUAUUGGAGGAUUAACAGGUGUAAUAUUAUCAAAUUCCUCAAUUGAUAUUAUUCUACAUGAUACCUAUUAUGUAGUGGCUCAUUUUCACUAUGUCCUUUCCAUGGGAGCAGUAUUCACCAUUAUCGCUAGAUUUAUCCAUUGAUACCCCUUAUUUACAGGUAGAAACAUAAAUAAUAAAUGACUAAAAAUUCAAUUUUAUUCCAUAUUUCUAGGAGUAAAUUUAACAUUUUUUCCCCAACAUUUUUUAGGAUUAACUGGUAUACCACGACGAUACUCUGACUAUCCAGAUAUAUACACCCUGUGAAACCUUUUUUCUUCUAUGGGUUCAUUCAUUUCCUUAAUUAGAAUUUUAAUAUUAAUGUUUAUUAUAUGAGAAAGAUUAAGAUUUAAACGAAAAAUGGUGUUUAAAACCAAUCAACCUCAAUCAAUUGAAUGAAAAAUAAAUUUACCCCCUAGAGAACACUCCUUUAAUGAAAUUCCUAUAUUAAUUAAGU